GUUAGAGACGUCGAAGUGUUUUGAGCUCAGAGCAGCUAUUCUGUAAACGUGCCACCACAACGUGAGUUAGUUAGUCCUAUAUUCAGAGGGGAUCAAAGCAAGAAGGAAAGUGGAAAGUGUUUCUUUUUUCUCUUUAAGCGAGUGCACACAAACACACUUGAUGCGAACAAAAAAAGAAAAACCAAGAAAAAGUUCAGAGAUACAAAAGGAUUUCCAAGGAAUCCAAAACGGAAAAAUAUUAAUUAAGUGAAUUUACGAUUUUGUGUAAAGGAUAUCAAGGAGCAAACCAAAAAGUAAAUUAUUUUCACCUUUUUCAGAGAUUAUAAAAAUCAAGUAGAAAAAAAAUAAUUCCACUAAAUUUUAUACUUUAACCCUUAAACGGAAAAAGGUACAAAAAUCCACAAAAAUCUCAAAAUAAAGUAUAAACCAUACAGAAUUUUGGAGUUUUUAAAACGAAUGGAAAUUCACAGUGUUAUUUUCGACGACAAAAUUUGAAUAAAGUUCUCUAACUUCCAAAAGGAAAAUAUCUUACAGAGAUUUUCCGAUUUGAAAAACAACAUAACGAAUUGUGUAGAAAUUAAGACCCCCCUCCAAUUAUUGAUCAGAAAACUACGACUUUAUAUUGAAAGUCAAAUACCUGUAAUCAACGAAGUGUAUUCUGGAGAUCAAACCGAAAACGAAGUAGAAAAAUAACCAAGGCACACUCAAGUCGCACAAGCACACGCACAUAUUUUGAGCAAAAAAGGACGCUGCUGAGACCUUAAGGACAAAUUAAAUAUCCAACUGAAAGCAGCCAGGAUAGCGGAGAGCCGGUUAUAAACCAAAUGUCUGCGGUUUACCAAAGGAAAGCACAGAAGCAGCCGAAGUGAAUUUAAAAUAUUUUUUAAACACAGAUAGGUGGCCAAUAGAGAGAAUUCACCACAAGAAUCACUUAAACAAAGUGCGUCAAGCACCAGAAACCGAAAAGGAGAAGUGCUUUUGGCUAUAGGAUAAUAAAUCAUAGCCAUAACUUAGUUACAGCAGACAGCCAAGAGGAAUCCCUUUGCCCGUGCACCGCGAGAGUCGAAAAUACUUUCAGAGAAUAUACCGCCAAUCCCAGAACAAAUGCGGAUGUGUGUGAGGAACAAUUGUGGAACGCUAAACACACAAACUGCAGAAGCCAGCCGCAGUCUGGGCGAAACGAAGUUUAGGUGCUGCUACAGCGCACGGAGACGCUAAGAAGCCUAUCGCCCUUCCAUUAUAGGCAUGUAGUUUUGGGUUAACGUCAUCCUGCCAUAGUUUCUCGACAAUAAUAAAGAAAAGUCAAGAAGAAAGCAACCAAUCAAGUAAAUAAAAAGUUUAAAAAAGACCCUUGUUUGCCGGCAACAACGACAACAACAAUAACUUUGCUCUCAAUAGAAACACUAAGAGGGAAACUUGGGCAACCAUUAGUAGCAUAACAAUCAACAGCUGCUGGGUAUGUGCCAAGGACAAUAGGGGGCUUCAAACUAGUUGACAGAGUCAUCGAUGCAUUAGAAAAAAUCCCUCCAGCCUUAACACUUCUUCUUACCAAGGCGAAACGUAAGAUCAAACCUCAAGGGGAAUUGGAACAUUGCUCUCCUCAAACGUGCACACUCACACACACACACACAUUCAAACAACCACAAGUCUCUCCCACUUCAUAAUUGUUCUGGCGAGGUCGCAACCAGCUGCUGCAUUUGCAUGCAACUCGUGUGCUCGUUGUGUUCAAAACAAAGUUCUAAGAGCAAGUGACGAGUGUCUGCUACGUAGGGUAGCACAAAAGUGACAAAGUCGGCUUGACUGGGCACAGCGAUUGUGCUAGUCGCCGAUAGAUGAUCUGGCAAAGAAGCCUUUCCAGCAAGAUACAAAUAUAAAAACCAACAACAAUAAAUAACAGUAACAAUUCUAACAGAUCUAACCAAGUGAAUAAAGUGACGUCAAAGUGUUUACGGUCGCGCGUUAAUUCGCUUUGCCCCGGUGGUCUUGAUUAAUUUGCGGUCGUUUCACAGCAGUGGCGCGUGCACCCUUAUUAUGGCUCGGUCUAUAAAAGCGUCAUUGUCGUCAUCCUCGUCGUCGCAAUCGCAGUCGCCGUUGUCGUCGUCGUCGUCGCGUCUAUCGCAGUCAUCGUCGUCAUUGUAUUCAUUAAAAAAAUCAACAUCAUCAUCCUCGUUAACAUCUUCCUUGUCCCGCCCUUCUUCCUUCGGUUUAGUAUCUUACCUCCUUGCCACGCGUAACAAUGACAUUUGUCGCGGCUUGCUUGCCACACUCGUUAUCCUGUUACGUAUGACGGCGCUAGCGUCAGCCAUGACGGAUCACCUCAUUGUGCAAACGACAAGUGGGCCGGUGCGUGGUCGUUCGGUAACGGUGCAGGGUCGUGAGGUGCAUGUGUUCACCGGCAUUCCAUAUGCCAAGCCACCCGUCGAUGAUUUACGUUUUCGCAAACCUGUACCUGCAGAGCCGUGGCAUGGUGUCCUAGAUGCAACUCGACUGCCAGCAACAUGUGUGCAGGAGAGGUAUGAGUACUUCCCUGGCUUUUCCGGUGAAGAGAUAUGGAAUCCUAACACAAAUGUAUCUGAAGAUUGUCUGUUCAUGAAUAUUUGGGCUCCGGCGAAGGCAAGAUUACGGCAUGGUCGUGGAACCAAUGGUGGUGAGCAUUCAGCUAAAACCGAUCAGGAUCAUUUAAUUCAUAGUGCAACACCACAGAACACCACAAAUGGUUUGCCUAUAUUAAUUUGGAUUUAUGGCGGUGGUUUCAUGACUGGUUCAGCCACAUUGGAUAUCUACAAUGCGGAAAUUAUGUCCGCCGUCGGCAAUGUGAUCGUAGCCUCGUUUCAGUAUCGAGUCGGUGCAUUUGGUUUUCUACAUCUUUCACCGGUCAUGCCAGGUUUCGAAGAAGAAGCUCCCGGUAACGUCGGUCUUUGGGAUCAAGCUUUGGCCUUGCGAUGGCUAAAGGAGAAUGCCCGGGCAUUUGGUGGUAAUCCCGAAUGGAUGACUCUAUUCGGAGAAUCGGCUGGUUCGAGUUCCGUCAAUGCUCAACUCAUGUCGCCGGUAACGCGGGGUCUGGUAAAACGUGGCAUGAUGCAAUCGGGCACCAUGAAUGCGCCCUGGAGUCAUAUGACCUCAGAAAAGGCAGUUGAAAUUGGCAAGGCUCUCAUCAAUGACUGCAAUUGCAACGCAUCGCUCCUUCCGGACAAUCCCCAAGCUGUAAUGGCUUGUAUGCGCUCGGUGGAUGCUAAAACAAUAUCAGUGCAACAAUGGAACUCAUAUUCGGGUAUUUUGAGUUUUCCUUCCGCCCCAACAAUUGAUGGAGCCUUUCUGCCGGCAGAUCCCAUGACUUUACUUAAAACAGCAGAUCUGUCGGGCUAUGACAUUUUAAUUGGGAAUGUCAAAGAUGAAGGAACAUAUUUUCUUCUUUACGACUUUAUCGAUUAUUUCGAUAAGGACGAUGCGACAUCAUUGCCACGAGAUAAAUAUUUAGAAAUAAUGAACAAUAUUUUCAACAAAGCGACACAAGCCGAACGAGAAGCUAUUAUUUUUCAGUACACAAGUUGGGAAGGAAACCCAGGAUACCAGAAUCAGCAACAAAUUGGCAGAGCUGUUGGUGAUCACUUUUUCACAUGUCCCACAAACGAAUAUGCCCAGUCCUUGGCUGAACGAGGUGCUGGAGUUCAUUAUUACUACUUCACACAUCGCACUAGCACAUCAUUAUGGGGCGAAUGGAUGGGAGUUUUGCACGGCGACGAAAUUGAAUAUUUCUUCGGUCAGCCCUUAAACACAUCACUCCAGUAUAGGCCAGUGGAACGAGAGUUAGGAAAACGUAUGCUUAAUGCUGUGAUUGAAUUCGCCAAAACGGGCAAUCCCGCUGUUGAUGGUGAAGAAUGGCCUAAUUUUUCCAAAGAGGACCCCGUGUACUACGUCUUCAGCACAGAUGAGAAAACCGAAAAACUGCAAAGAGGCCCACUGGCCAAGCGAUGCUCAUUUUGGAAUGAUUACCUGCCGAAAGUCAGAAGUUGGGCCGGUUCCGAAUGUGAAGGCAACAUCUCGCUAUCCGCUUCCGGUACCAUAUACCAAACACAACAACAACAUUCAGUGUUGCUCAGCGUGGCAUUAGUCCUGACCCUGGUAUUUAGCAUUUUCCAAUAAAAUCCAACAAUCCAUUGUUAUCAACCAACAAUUAAGACAACAAAACCAUAAUAAAAGAGAAAGAAAAAAAAAUAAUAAGAAUUUAGUAAUGAUGAUGAAACUCCAAAAACCCUUAGAAAAAGCACAAUUUGUAGCAUGAUAAAGCGAAAACACAGCAACAUUUAUAAAUACACAAGAAACCAUAACACAUUGUUGAUGAUAAAAUGCCCAAAGCAUAAGGCAAUAAUUCACCAGGACAGACACAAAAAUUGGCAACAGACGAAGGGACGCAUCGACAUCGACGGACUUGAGACAGACAAGCUAUUAACUGGAACUUAGUUGCAAAAUCAAAUGAAAUUGUAGACAAUUCACAAACUGAUAUGAUUUUAUUUUUUUGGAAGCAAACAUUAUUAAGACUAAAAGGAGGCUAAAUUAUAGCACUUGCCAAGCCUCCUUCUGAAAAUAAAAUGGAGAACAUCCAGAAAUGAUUUUUGUAGCUUUUUAUUAGAGAAACAUCCCCGAAAUUGAGAAAAAAUUAAAAAUAUAGAGCAUUGAAAACAUUGAACCUAGUAGCUGGUUAUUUGAGCCGCUCCACGUCUUAGAGCAACACUAAGCCAUACCUUCUAGGUAGAACAAUGACCUUUUUAUACCCGAAAUCCUCCCAAACGGGCCUUGAAGCUGCAACUUCUAAGCAUCCGCAAAAGGGUUUUAGAACGAAUCCAACUCAAAUUUUUUUGCAAACUACAAAAACCUUGGUCCACACACCAAAAAUCCCUAAAAAUAUUUUUUUAAAGAAAAUUAGAAAAACAAAAUAAAAAGAUUUUUUGUAAGUACUGCAAAAACUAUUGCACAAAAAACCCAACUUAAAAAUUAUGAAAUUUUUUUUGAUAAUAAGAGAGAAUAAAUUCCAAAAAGGAACAACUCCUCUAAAGAAAGAAAACAAAUAUUUUUUUGUACUCACCAACAGACCCAAAUGAUUUUAUAAAACAAACUAAAUUAAUUGAUAUUAAAAAUCCCUAGAGAAUAAUCAGAGAAAUGGAAAAAACAAAAACAAACAAAACGAAAACAAAAAACCCAAAGUAAAAUCCUUUUUGUACACGCUUUGUGAGUGGGAAUAAACCUAAAACCAAUUAGAAUUUUUUGUAUCUCCCACCAUAAUUGGUAACCUAAUUGCAUAUAAAAUAAGCAACAAACAACAAAAAAAAAAUUAAUGAAAAAACAAAAAUAAACAACACAACUGCUCCUCCCCUAAGCCUAUUUAUUAUUUUUUACCAACUGAUAUAUAUAUUUUUAACAAAAUAUAUAUAAAAUAAAAAUAAUUAAGCAACGAGACAAGGCAAGAGAAAUUUUUACAUAAAGUCAUUGCAAAACUACAUUGUAUUCAUACUACUAUAUAAAUAUAAUGAUAAUUAUUACCAAUUAGAACAAUACAUGAUAAAAGUUUUGAGUUUUGAUAAUUUUCAAGAAAGAAUUGGUUGAUGGUAUUACAUAGCAACAGCCUCAGCAUUUUAAACAAUACCAAUAAAUUCAAGCUAUGAAAUCACACGAAAAGCUUGAGAUUAGCUUUAGGCUCUAUGCUAGAAAUAGAAAAAUACAUAUAUCACUGAUAUUUUCUUUGUUUUUGUGUCCUAAUAUCUUUUGUGAACAAGUUAUUGGCUUAUGUUUUAAUAUAUAUUUGCUCUUACUAAAAUUUGUUUACAAGUUGUUGCACCUAUUGGCCAAACCUAUUAUAGUAUAGAUUUCCAAGCGAGUCCUUCUCUUACAAUUGAAGCAACCGCUCAUAUUAAUGAUGUCAUCCUCUUCGCGUGUCGCCUUCGCCAUGUUUUGUUCGAUUCUUUUAGCGAUUUUUUUUUGCAGGAGUAUUUUCUCAAUUUUAACUUCGUUAAUAUUGCCCUGUAGUUGGUAUUGCUCGCUAUUUUUUUCGAUUUUACCAUGAACCUGCGCACGGGUAUACGCAUCAUUUUUGUGUUUUCUUUUUAAAAACUAUGAAUAAAGGAUAGAUAAGAAAGGAACAAUUAAUUAUUUCAUUUCAUCCAAUGUUGUCUUGCAAAAUACAUUAAUCUUUUUGUCCGAUAAAUCAACUUUCACAUGCAGAGAGGAUUAUUAAAAAAAUUAUGGAGAGUAACUUGCGCAUAAAUCUCAUUUCUAUUUUGUGUACGGUUGUUUUGGGGAUAAAUUAUUUUGGUUAUCUAAUUCGGCGGAGCCCAAAUUGAAAAUGUGGCUGCUUAUGUGAGAUACCCUCUUUUAAUUUUUUUAAAUCUCUGAAUGUGUAAAAAUUAUUUUAUUUUUUUACGGAAUUGAUGUUGAUGUAUAUGUUUUUCCAUACCUUCCAAGCGUUAAAUCUGUAAACAUCAAAGUUUAAGAAAAAAUUCAGAAAAACGAUGUAUAUAUACCUAUGCAUGUGUUCAUCCGUUUCUGUCUCUACACCGACAGAAACAAAGAGAAUAAAAAUACCCUACCGUAAAGGGCUGGGCAUCACUGGUUUAAUUAGUUCGAUCGUGUCCAUUUUAUGAGAAAUAACAUAAAAAAAUCCAUGAAAACUCCUUAGAAAUCUUCCUUAAGGGUACUAAAGAAUAAUCCAUUACAACAACACGAAAAACCUACAAUCAUAGAACAGCUAUAUGAAUAGUUUUCGUAAAAUUCAUAGAUUUGAACUACAGAUAGAAUGAGUUUUUGAAAAUAACAUUCAAAUUCAUUCAUUCAACAGAUAAUAGCCAAUAUAAAACCCUUUGGCUAAUAUGAACAUUUAAGCCAACAAGUUUUUCGGUUAAUGGUAAUAUAUAUACCAAUUUACAUGCAAAAAAUAAUUUAUUAACCAUUUUGCCCGCUAGAAACGUAUGCCGAUGUUUUUUGUGAUCAAAUCCAUCUGUGGUCUGGCAAUUUCUUUUCACUUAUCAGUUAAAUGCUUUAUUUUCUGGUGAUAUCCAUUCUUGUCGUCAUAAUCUCGACUCACCCCUUCUGGAAGAACUAAAGUAUAUAAUUUUUUUUUGCUCAAGUGUUCAAAUGACGCGCAAAUUUGUCAAAUGUCACUGCCGCAUAACUCCAAAUCGGGCGAAAAUAUAUAUUGAACCCAUAUUGAAAUCUGAAACAAUUUUUUAAGGUUUCGAUACGCUUCGUCUCAAGGCCAAAAGAGGCCUGUAAUAAAUGUAAGAAUAUUGCCAUCUAUGCUUUGUACACAAAUUAAAAUAAACGAACAAAAGGACAUAGUUAAAAUCAAUCAGAAAGUGGUUCUGAGUCGAUACAAAUACUUCACACUCUUCAAACAAAGUGAGCGUAUGCCUCUGCUCUCUCACUCCCUCAUACACUCUGCCAAAUGAAAGAGACAUAAGAGAUAAACACAAUUAUCUAGUCAUAUUUUCGUGUAAAAAAGCUUUUUUUGCUGUAAACAAAUAAUUUUUUGCGUGUAAAAAGUGUCGACCCCAAGUCGACAAGGGAAGUAAAAAAUCAGGAAAUCGUUUUUAAUGAAACCAGUUGGAAGUCAUGAGAGAAAUCAUUGUACAAAAUUUAGCAUGAUCGUAUGAAAAUUUCGCCCUUUAUAGGCGCAAUGUCUCUUAAAGGAUACAUUCAGUGUCGGAUCGGAUAUUUGUUAAAUUUUGAAAAAAAAAAAAAAAAUCAAUCGGUAUUCAGACUACAAAAAAUAUAAAUAGUGCCAUCGGUAUUUUGCUAGCUCUAAUUAAUGCACCACGCCAGGCCUUAUCAAAUUCCUUGAAGGUAUUGACAACCACGACCUUACUCUCACUAUAUUGAGGUAUAAAGCUUAUCCAGCAUUUCGACCGACUGAAAUUUCUUUAGUUGGGCAAUUUCAGCCCAACCCAUGCUGGCACAACUCCCUCGUUAGGGAUGAAAGAAGAAAACCUACGAAGGGCAAGAUAUGGCAUCCCAUGCCGCGAAUUUAUUUUCAACAAUUGACUAAAGAAUUUUUGUAAGAUGUGUAAAGAAACUCACUAGAUUUUUAUUUUGUUAAAAUAUUCUUAAUCUUUGGUUUUCUUAAAACCUUCCCUUAACAUUUGUUCAUUACGUACAAAAUCAAUCAACGGUCAGAAAACAAUCCUAUGACUCCGAAAAAUAGUGAGGAUCGUUUUAAAAAUUACAACAUUACUGCAAUAUUACUCAAAUCGGACGAAGAUAUAUAUAGAAGAUAUCUUCAAAUCUAAACAGAUUUCUUACAGUUUCGAUAAGAAUCGUAUCUUGAAAAAAUAUGCCGUUUCUAAAUUUCAGCACUUUGUUCACAAAUUAACAUGGACUGAUGUACGGACACACACGCAGUCGUAUAUAGCUAAAUGCAGUCAGAAAUCACUGGGUGACAGUCUUUGAAAUUAAAUGCCCUUAGCUAUAAUAACGUAUACCACAGUAGUGGUACUAAUACUGAUUGCGGGCCUACGAACCAUUACUCAACGAACACUACUAAAAAUGAGACAUACGAAGGCUCACGCCAUGAAACUCUCUGAUACAUAAAAGAGACACAAGUUAUAAACUAAGCAACCGAUUGACCGUUUCGUCUAACAAAGCAACAUUUGUAGUAGAGCUAUCUUAGUUUUAUCGCAAACGAAGUGAUUUUUACUUUAAAGAUUUGAAAAUUCACUACUAACGUUCAGCUGUGAAGGGAAAUGUUACACAGUUUAUGUAAAAUAUAAAAGUACUUCCCAAACAAGACAGAUUUGUAGAAAAGAUUUUCCAAAACGUUGUUUGUUGUUGUUUUGAGUUUAGGUGUGGAGAUUAUGAUCAAUCCUUUUUCCCGAAUUUCUAUCGCUUUCUCUCUUACACCAAAAGGCAAGUAUUCAGCAGUCGAAUAGCCCUAACAAGCUAGUGAUUUUCUUACUGUUGUAUAAUACUAAGGAUAUCGGAGGACCAGGAGGCCACCGAAGCGUAGAGGUUAGCAUGUUAGUUUCGCGGCAUUUAAGCGAAUUCAUUUGCCUUAAAUAAAACAAAAAAAUGGAACUAUUUUUUCCAUUAGCUUUAGUAAAUCGGAAUAUUUUGCUAAAGCGUCUAAUCGUUAUACGAUUUAUACAGUCAAGUGAUAGAAUAAAGGGCAAUUGACAACAAUGUGUCAUGCAGUGUUUCUAUUCAAUAUUGCAGCAUAUCGUUUAUAAUGGACAGCUUUUAGAAAUUCAGCGUAUAUUUCAUCUAAAUCUGCAAUUUCCAUUUUCUCUUUCUUAGUCUGUGCAGCAAUUUGUUUUGUACUGCUGGGCGGUUCAAUGCUCAUUUUCAGGUUGCAACAUAUUAUUAGUUGAAUUUUCAGCAAUUUUUGUUCCAUUGAUGACAACAAGCAGCAUAAGUUCUCAACCUUUGGGCAAUUAUUACAGUCGAAAUGUCUUAUUGUACAUUUAAGCCGUUGUAGGCAAUUGUUGUUAAAAAUCUAAUUCGGUGUAAUUCUAACCGACAGGACGUUAUACUCAGGAUCAGUGUACGCGAUAUUUUAACUAUAUCUUUAUUGACGGCAUAUUAUUGUUUGUUUACACAAUUGCAGCAACUUUUCCAGAAAUAAAUUCGUUAUUCACAGAUACAUCUAUAUUUCUGCUUUCGCAAAUUUCUUUAUAUCUACAAAACCUUGUUGUAUUGUUCUUAAAAUGCAAUUGUUACAUAACUAAAAAGAAUGAGCAAUAGCAAAUUCUAAAUUUAUUGGGCUUGGCAAUAAGUGGUAAAACAAGUUGUAGAGAUUUGUUAGUUUCGAAAUGUGGAAGUUGUUCUUAAGCUUUGGUUCUAGGGCUUUUAUUAAAAUAACAGUUUUGUGUUACUUCCCAUUUUCUACAUAUAAUUUAAAAUAUAUAUAAAAACAUAUCAAUAUUUACAAAAGCAAAUAAUUAUAUUUGAACAAAUUGGCUUUAAAAACAAUUUAUAAAAAAAAUCCAAACACCCAUAAAAUUAACAAAACAAUAAGGUAUGUCUGUAAUUGUAUUUAAACCUUAAAACCCCCUCUGAAAUCUAAGAUAAAGCAAAUACAAUAAUACAAUAAAAAAAAUAAAUAAUAUGAAAUAAAACAUAUAGCACUUUAUAUUAGUUAAAUGUAUUAUUAAAUAAAAGAGAAAACAAUAACAUAAAAAAAAAUAUUAAUUGAAAUUAUAAACUGCUAUUUAAAUGGUAUUAGAGAUGAACACCCAAUUAAGAAAAAAAAACUGUUCUUAGUUUCUAAAAGAAAACAAUGAAUAUUAACCAAAGGAGAAUACAAAAAAUAAAGCCCAAGUUAUUAUAAAAUGGAAGAUGAAUAAAAUAAACAAAACCCUAUAUAUUCAUAUAAGUAUAUAGACAAAAUAAAUAUAUAUGAAUGCAUAUCAACCAUAUUUAAUGGAUAGAUGUAUUACUUUCAUUACAAUUAUUAACGACAACAAAACCAAUUACUUUAGAGUUUAGUUAUACUCGCAAAACUAACAAACAAAAAUCUAUGAUAACUUUAAUGAGCGAUGUUCGCUUUUAACAAACAUAAUUAGUAAAAAUAAUAAUAAUAAUAUUAAAAAUACAAAAACCAAUUUCACCCAACUCACAUACACACAAAAAAAAAGAAAAAGAAGCAAAACAAAUGUAAUUUUUUAGUAUUAACAUGAAAUAGUCAGCUACAAAAGAAAUACUCUACAAAUCCAAAAACCAACAUAUUAAAAAAAUCCCCUCCUCCUACAUUGAUUAAUCACCAUUUGUUAUAAUCACUAAAACAAAACAAACAAAAAAUAAAUAAAUAAAUAAAAAUCGACAACAAUGCUUUAUAUUUGGAGAAAAUCACAGCGAAAACAAUAAAUUAUGAAGAAAAGCAGGUCUGAAAGGCUUUCGGUAUUAAUAUUAUUACAACAAUUCUAAACGAAACAAAAUAAACAUAUUUGCUAUAAUAAAACAAAAACAACCAUAAUUUUUUAUUUUCUCAUUACAACAUCAGACGUUUCUACUAAUAUCUUUUACACCAGGGCAGUUUUAGUGGCGCGCUGAAGUGAAAGGUUAUUUUUUCGUUAGACCACAAAUUUAAAUAGAUUUAAUGAAACAUGUACCUAUAUUCUACGGCCCGGCGACUAGUACAAUGUUUAAAGAAGUCAGUAGAUUUCUUCUAUUGAUUUUACAUGAAGGGUAUAUAUGGUAGUGUAAUAUAUGGAGAAGUCGUACAGUUUCAGAAUUUGGUACAAAAAUUAAAUACUAUGGCUUAGGUGAACCCACGAGGGCUAUUUGUAGUGAACGUUUGGCUAUCGAGUGCUUGAAAAAAUUAUCUUUGCUUUUUAUUUACUUCGGAAGAUGAGCCCAUAAUGACUCAUAUUAUUUAAUGAAUCAUAAUGACUCCACUCUAAAUUCUAACCGGCUGUUUCUAGGUGCGUAAAAAAGUUUUAUAGUCUUGAUGUGGCAAGUACAGAAAUUUAGACGAAUGUUAAUGUAGAUUACUCCCUCUUUCCGCCUUUCCAUUCCUUACUCACCAUCCGCCAACACAAUGCAACUAUAUAGUGGACAUGCCCUACCUGUUGAUUGUAUUAAAAAAAUAUAUAUACUCCACUCUCAUGAACACCGUCUUCCCACUUGGCUUCCAAGGUAGAAGUCAUUCACCUAUAACAAGGCUCUUAAUGCAGUUGCCAGAUUCCAUUUCUUUAAUCUAAUGGAUUGAUUGAUCUGGUUGUCAUUUCUUGUAUCACUCCAUUUGCUUUUAUUGCAUUGAUUGAACACGUUUGCAUUCUGUACACUGUUAUAAAGAAAUGUUGAUGUGUGCACGCCCGGUGCCAUGUUUUUUAUGCCUAUUCAACUAUAACUCCAUUCGGCGAGGCGCCAAUCAAAACAUCAGAAAAUUCUUUUCAGCUGUAGUUAUCUCCCCACCAAAGCUGGCAACAUUUUGGAGGUAUUCAGCCUCCUGAAGCAUUGAACACAAUUGCGACUCGGUAUAAAAAUGGAAGCAUUAUUCCUUGUUCAUUAAUAAAAUGUCCAUGAGAAACAAAUAAUUUAAUAUUUUACAGCUCAAUCCCAACAAAAAUACCUGGUUUUAUAUGUAGUGUGUAAUAUACAAUGUGUAAAAAAAAAUCAGUAUAUUGUUUUUAAAAGGUGAAAUUAAUUGAAAAAAGCUACUGUGUUUUUUAAGCGCAGCAGUCUUAAUUUUACAAAAUGGGUUAAAGAUAUCUGAAAUUAAGAAGAAAUGUUUGCAGGGGUGUUAUAUUUAUACGUUUUUGAGGUACAAAAUAUUGGUUAAUAAAGAAGCUAAUCAAAAAUUAGGAGAAAUGAGGUGAGUAAAAGACGUAACUAAUUAGUCCAAACUGGAUGAACAUUUUUAACGAAACUGGAAGAAAAAUGUCUCUUCUUUAGAGUCAACAAAUCAAAAUGGGAGAUUUUUUCAUUUUCUUAAAAUAUCGCCCUAUUUAGUGAUAUUUUUUAAUGCUGAUGUACACCAACCUCAUAUGUAAUAAGUUGUGGUUUUUUUUUCAAUUCUGUAGAAUCAUAGCCAUAGAUUGGGUGACACUUCUAAAUUAUUGUAGAAUAUGACAACCAUUAGGGCUUGAGUUUUCAUUGCAGGAUAUUGUCCGGCUUUAGACCAUUGUUUAAUGUAUUCUAUUCAAAGAAUAGCAUAGUAAAAAACAUUUAAAAGACUACAAAAGUGUGUUGAUGCUAGAAGCAUUUGACAGGCUAUCCGUACACCGAUUUCAAUUUCGACCAAGAAAUAUCAUCAGCGUACGAUGUCAAAUGGAUUAUGGAGCUUUACAACCAUCCCAACUAGAGUAGAUUGUAAAGCACACAUCUGAAUUUGAACAGGGCUCUUCAAGACGACUUGAUUCACAAGCGCAAUAGAAAAAAAAAUAAAAUCUUACUUCCCUUAUUCAAAUCCAACUUAUCCAACAAUGUCAAUAGCUACAAAUACAAUCAUCUUUCGCAAAACUCUUUUGUUCUUCGUACAACGAUCGCCCAACGGUUGAUCCUGUCAGUGCUGUUUUGUGUAUAGGCAGUGAUACCUACACCACAUGCGACGUGCCUUUCGCUUAGUUUGUCUGUUUGCGAAUUCUUUUUCGGUCUUAAAAUCUAAUGGAGAUUUAAUUGCAGGAUAUUGUCCGGCUUUAGACCAUUGUUUAAUGCAUUCUAUUCAAUGAAUAGCAUAGCAAAAAAAUUUUGAAGUCACCUAAAGUGUGUUGUUGCUGAAACCAUUUGGCGAUUAGGGUUUCUGUUAAGUGAGAUUCCCGGCAUCAUCAUCACUCGAAUGCUAUGUUUUCAUUGGCCUCAAACAGGUAUUUGAUGACUCUUUCUUCAUAUAUUUUGGAAAAAUUUUUCGUUUAGCUUGUUUACCUUACAAAAAAAUUACACUAUGAAUAAGAUGCGAUAUGUCGAUAUGUAUAUUAGGGUGGGUUAUUUUUUAUGGCCACCGUAGCGCAGAGGAUGGCAUAUUCGACUAUGACGCUGAGCGCCUGGGUUCGAAUCCUGGCGAGACCAUCAGAAAAAAAUGUACAGCAGUGGUUUUCCCCUCCUAAUGCUGGCAACAUUUAUGAGGUAUUAUGCCACGUAAAAACUUCUCCACAAAGAAGGGUCGCACUGCGCCAUGCCGUUCGGACUCGGCUGUAAGAUGAAGGUCUCUAAUCAUUGUGCUUAAAACUUGAAUCAGAUAGCACUUAUUGAUAUAUGGGAAGUUUGCCCCCGUUCCUUAAUGGAAUAUUCAUGGCCAAAUUUGCAAAAUCCAAACGGUCUCAAAGUCGUAGUCUAAUGCCAAAAUUGAUCUUCGGGUUUUUGACGUCAAAGAUUUGUCUGUUAAUAUUAAAACAAAAAUGUUCAACUUUUGAAUGGAAAUAUUCAAAAAGUUUGAGCUCCUAUUGAUGCAUUUGCUAAAUACUAAUAUAAACUUUUGGCAAGUUAAGGCGUACAUUUUUUAAACCAUUAGUAUGAUUGAAUUAAUUGUUUUGUCUGCUGUUUUUAGAAUCAUUAAAAAUUUGCAAAUCGUAGAAAAUUGGAAAAAAAUGUUCCACUAUAUGCCUUAAAGUUUUUUUAUGCCUUUUCCAAUGUUUUUAGCAAAAAUGACGUCUGUCCAUUUUCAGAUGACUUUCUGUUGUUACAGCAAACAUUUUUGUUGUUUUUACUAACAUUUCUCUGAGUGUAAAGUCGGGACGGUAUUUAGUCAUUUUAAGUUAUUUUCGUACACUUAAGUAUGACUUUCCCAUGCAAGUUCUAAUUUGUUUGAGAGUUACUCAUAGCUUAACAGUUGCAAGGCGAUUACAAAUCUUAAUUGUUAAAAGCUCAAUUUUCAUUGUAGAUCCCUGGUUUCUUGGGCAUUAGUUCACUCUGCAAUGUGAGUGUGUAAAUGAUCUGCGCUUUUUUAAAACCAAGUCAUUUAUUUUGGCCAAUGUAAAAGUGGCAUAAUGCCUUGUUUUUUCGGCUUUAAUAUGUUUUAAAAAUUAAAUUAAAAACUAUGCAUUCGAAUCCGCAUAAGUGAAACGUAAAAAAUACGUCUGUAUCAUUUCAGUUAUCCCUUAAUUUUCACUUAAGCGUAGAUCGGAUAAGUGAAAUUUUUUCCAGUAAAGCGAUAAGGCAUAAGUUAAGGGGAAUUUUCAUUUCACCCUAUUAAUGAUGUUUAUCUUAAUACCAAAACGAGCAAUGGUCAACAGUUAUCUUUUAAUGUCAGAGACAUUAGUUUGUGAAGUGAUAAGAUACGUUAUUGCAGACAAUUUUAUACGAUUUAAGUUUCGUAUAAAAGCCGCAAUUUUCGAUGCAAUUUUAUUUUCAUUUAAGUUAAAUUUCAAAAGGUCGAAUUUAAUUGCAUUUUAAACAUCAAAAAUUAUUGGUUGUAGAUGCAAGAACUACAUGCGGGAAAUUAAACAAUCGUUGUAAGCCUUUUUUUCAUUAAGGAACAGAAGGCAAACUUUUCACGUAAUACUGAGCUCAAGUUUUAAGCUCAAUUAGGAUUUAAGAUGAGAGCUUGAUAAUGGAAGAGUAGAUUUUAUUGUUCUUUUUGAUCACUACAGAGUAUUUGAAACAGUGGAUCAUCCCUUCUUUGUUUCAAGUUGAACUAUUGUUUAACUUCCCUUCUAGAAAUGUUCGACAAUUGUGCUCAUAUCUCGUCGAAAGAGCUCAUUGCCUACUUUAAGAGGAUUUCCCCAGGGGUUUGACGAUGUACAAAACUACUUAACUAGUGACAUGGAUACAUUAUCGCAGAGCGUAGAUAAGAUUAAUUGUGAUUUGGCCCGAGUCCUUUAAUGGACGGCAGACAACGGUUUGUAUUGAAACCUUGCGAAGUCAAAAUAUUUGGCAAUACUCAGACGUGGAUUUAGCCUACCUUUCAAUCCUGACAUUAUUCUAAAUGCGCAGCAUAUUGAGAUUGUUUCUACGUCCAAAAACCUGGGUGCGACGUUCAAUAGUUCUCUGACGUGGUAUAAUCAUAUCAAUUCAGUGGAUAUUUUACAACUUUUAUUUGAAAUCCUUAAAUAUUAGCGGCCUUAUACAAAAAGUUUAUGAAAUCAUAAAAUAUGUUUAUUUGACAGUUCUAUAAAGGAAAUAUGUCAACUAAACAUAUUUGAAAUCUGUAUUAAAUUUUGUGAAUAAAGACUUUUCACACGAACAACUGUCAAAACGCACUAUGUAAAAAUGGUGAUGAAGAUAAUGCGAACACAUUCCCUACAAGUGGUACUCAGUUCUAUGAGCAAAAUAGUAGCGACAUAUCGCUGCAUCAGAAGAAACUUCGCAAGAUUUUUAUUAUAAAUAAAAUGUUCACGAAAUGGGUCGAAUCAACUCUGCUUCAAUACUGUUGUAUGUUGUUGUGUGCUAUUUUUUUGUGUUCUGACAAAACAAAGAGUCGGUCGAAUUUCGCAAUUAUUUAAUGGGUAUUUUAGCAGUGAUUGAAGUCAGUACUAGGCUUAAGGCUAUAAUUUUAUUCUAAAAAAUUGGUAUACAUUUAUUCUGGUCACAUUUUAAAUAGACGCCCCGGUUGCCGAGUUGGUAGCGUGAUCGGAUUGCCAGAGCGAGAUUCGUGGGUUCGAUUCUUACCAGAGGCCUUGGUCUGACGCUACUGUGGUAUAACAAUGGACUAAAAAUGGACUAAGUGAGUCUGUAAACGACGCCACUUUUACCAAAUGUGUUGUAGUUAAAGCACUUGACUUGUUUCAUAGAUAGUUAUUUCUGGGUGCCAACCCGCCCUUAACAUAAUUCGUUCGUUAAAUGGCUGAAUGUAUUUUGUAUAUCCAUAAAAGUGUUCAUGAUAUUCGUACUUUUGUAGUACAUUGCUUUAUACCCUCCAGCAUAGGCUGGGGGUAUACUAAUUUCGUCAUUUUGUUUGUAACACCUCGAAAUAUGCGUCCACGACCCCAUAAAGUAUAUACUUAAUUGAUCGUUAUGUCAUUUUAAAUCAACCUAGCCAUGUCCGUCCGUCUGUCUGUCACAAACUUUCAAAGGAGUAAAGUUAGGUGCUUGAAAUUUUGCACAAAUACUUUUUGUUAGUGUAGGUCGGUUGGGAUUGUAAAUGGGCCAAAUUGGUCCAUGUUUUGAUAUAGAUGUCAUAUAAACCGAUCUUGGGUCUUUACUUGUUGAGCCUCUAGAAAGCGUAAUUCUCGUCCGAUUUUACUGAAAUUUAACACGUGGUGUUUUGGUAUCACUUCCAAUAACCGUGCUAAGAAAAUCGGUGUAUAACCUGAUAUAGCUGCCAUAUAAAACGAUCAUGGGUCUUGACUUCUUCUGCUUUUAGAGGGCGCAAUUCUUAUCCGAUUUGGCUGUAAUUUUGUCCGACAUAUUCUGUUAUGACUACCAACAACUGUGCCAAGUAUGGUUCAAAUCGGUUCAUAACCUGAUAAAGCUGCCAUAUAAACCUAUCAUGGGUCUUGACUUCUUUAGCUUUUAGAGGGCGCAAUUCUUAUCCGAUUUGGCAGAAACUUUUUACAACGUGUCCAAUGUGGUCUGAUUCGAUCUAUAGCUUGGUACAGCUCCCAUAUAAACCAAUCACCCGACUUUGCUUCUUGAGCCCCUACAAAUCGCAAUUUUUAUCUGAAUGGACUGACAUAGUACACCAUGACUUCUACAAUGUUCAGCAUUCAAUUCAUUUGUGGUCCGAAUCGGACCGUAAGUCUAUGCCUCAAUGGUAUUAUUAUCUUAUAAUUAUCGGCAAUCCAUAUAAAGUUUCACAGAUACUUCUAUACUUCUAACAGAGGAUUUUGUCAAAGGUUAAAAACUGCACAAUUUAAAAACAACUGGCUUAAGUUAAUUACAACUUCAAAGAAUUUUGUCAAUCCCAAGUCAAAGUUUUAGUGUCAGGCAUGUUUUGUUAAUGAUGAAAUUCUUUUUAAAACACGAUAUUGUUCAAAAGGGAACUUGCGCAAUCUUAUUUAUAUCAACAAAGUUGACAAAAAAAAAUAUUUGCGAAUUUUAUCACCUGUAGAUUCCAUUAGGCUUUUGCUUUGAGCACAGCACCACUUAUCUGCCAUUUUCUUUUCUUUAUAAACUUACACAUCAAUAACACGCCAACACCAUUGAAAAAUCUAGUAUUACUACUACCCUCUCCCUAUGGAUAGAACUCAAUUUUAAACAAAUAAGGACCCAAUUGAAAAUCCAAUGAAGCUAAUUAAAUUAAUACAAAAAAUUAAUAAUCUAAAUUGAACUAAGAAAACUAAUUAAAAUUGAAAAAAGAAAAUAUUUAUAUUUUUUAUACAUGAAAACAAGAAGAAGAAAAAUAAGAAAAACACAAACUAAAUGAAAAAUGUAUUGAAGAAUAAUUAGAAAUUUAAACAUACAAGAACAACCAUUAAUCCAAGAUCAGCUUCGACAUAUAAUUGUUGCAAAUAAUUUUUUUUAUCUUCUACCAUUGAAUUAUUUUCAUUUAACAUGUUCUAUUACAAUUAUUUCAUGUUGGCAUGGAAAUUCACUGCUGCGGCAAGCCUCCAAACAAAGCCCAAAGGAAAUUCUAUGUGAUCAUGAAAUGAGAAAUCUCUACUCCUGAGUAAUACUCUAUUCAAUAAACUCAAAAUUAAGCGAUAUAUUUAAAGCACUAUAACAAAAACAAGAAAAAUACAAAAAAAGAGAAUAAAAAUUUUGGAAAUACUUUUUGUCAGUUUUUUUGCAUGGUUUUCGGCUCAAGCCUACAAAAAAAAUUAAUCAAUUUGACAAUAUAAUAUUUCGCCUUAACAUGAGAAUUUUUCUACUAAAGAAACUCGGUUAUUCUUCAGACUCUAACACAAUUGAUUGUUGCUAAAAACUUUUCAAAAGAACAUACAAAUACACAAAAAAUUACUCUUAUGAUUGACCAAUUAAAUCACUUCUACAACCCUUUAAUACCAACAAAAAAUAUGCCUAAUUUGGAAAUAUUGAUGAAAAUUUGCAUAGAAUUUCCAAAACAGACUAACCGUUCUGUCUUCGAUUCUAAUAUUUGUUUUAACUUAAGUUUAAACAUUUAAUAGCUUUACUUAUUUUUCAAUAAUUUACUAAAUAAAUUAAAUCUCACAGUAGUUAAGUGUAUAUAUUUAAGGAAAUUAGUAUAUAACUAAAAAGGAAAAAGAAAAACAAAAGGACAAAUUAUAAAAAUAAAACAAAAAAUUAAGUUUACUUCCUGAUUUUAGCUAAAAUUAAAACAAAAUCUUAAAAAAAUAUUCUUUUGUUUUUAAAUAAUAAUUUGUAUCAGCUAUGACAUCUGAUAAUAAAGAAGACACAAAAAACAUAAGACAUAUGAAAUGCAAAAAAAAAAAACACACACAAAACCAAAACAAAAAUGAUGUAAAGCAUAACAGCAGAAAUACAAACCCUAAGUGGAAACAGGCCCUCUGAACCAAUUAAAACACAGUUCGAAAAUGAAACUGCACAGCAUUACAAAUAAGAAAACAAUUUCACAAAAAGAACUCCCAAAGGUUUAAAAAAUUAUUUUGACCCCAAAAAAAAUAAUAAAAGAAAAAUAUCACAGAAAAUAAUGCAUUUGUACAAGAGAAAAAAUAAAAAAAACAAUUGUUUUAAAAUCUAAAAUACAAAAACAAACAAAAACUAAAAAAAGUUAUGAAAUGGUUUUGAUGUAUAAAAAUAUCAAAUACAUAUCAAUUUAUGGCCUAUUAUUUUAUUUUUUAUAUUAUUACACAAAAAACUAAAAAAUAUUAAAAAGAAACCUAAAUUUAAGAUCUUUCAUAUGUGAAAAAACAAAUUUUCGAAAACCAAACAUUUAUUAUUAUUUAGUUAUUUAUUAUUAUUUUAAGCACAUUAUAAAGAUCUCAUUAAGCUUUGCAUUGGUUGCUUUCAACCUUUAGAGUUUAGGAUUGGAGAAUGAAAUGCAGGCAUAUUUUAGCUAACCCACCAUUUUGUUUCUGGCUUAAUAUAAAAAGAGCUUAAAUCAUUUUUUUCCUAAAUUGCAGAUGAACCUUCCGUCAAAAUUUCAGGCUGAUAUAAUAGCAAGUUAUGAAGAUUUAAAUAAAAGACCUACGUGAAGGUUUUUUCCUUCUCUUGUCACGUAACAAAAAAUCGAGUUAGGCACUUUUUAUAUUAUUAAGCCAUUGAUAUGGUAAAUGUAUUAGAAGCAUUCAUUUUUUGGUAUGGUCUUAACAAACACCGUUUCAAGGCCAAAUGUAGUACCAUUGAUAUCAAAUCAAGGAUUUAAAUUCAAAAUGUUCCCUUCUGCUGUGAGUUUACUUCAGAUAAAAUAACAUUAAACCUAAGACAAAUUAGAAAAAAACAAAAUAAUUACGGAAUAUUAAUGCGGCGUGUUUUCUAAGUUAAACCUUUUUCAAACACUGUAAAGAUGAUGAGUCUGGCAACACCUUUCUGGCAAGCUCUCUAUCAGACAUGCUCUCUUGUACUUUAACUAUAGACAAUCCUGUUUAAGUUUGCCUUAGUAUGGGGAAAUUAAAAAUGGUAAAUAUAACAUUAUACAUUAAUAUUUUAAAACAUUUUCAUUGAUGAUGAUGCAGAGCGGCGAGCACGAUGAUGAUGAUAACAUGACAAACUGGCAUGUGGUAGCUAUUAGAUUGAUAUGACUUUGCGUAGUUCUACCAAAUAAAAUAGAUAACGCUGUAGGGAUAGUAUUGCUGUUCAAGAGCAGUUGAUGUAACUUCGACAAAUUCCCUCAGAAUCCUUUUAUAGAUCACAAACAGUACAUUACGGAAUAUUUAUAAAAUGUGCGUAAACUUGAUCGGAGAAAAUUUAAACUCUUUAGAACUCGUAUUCACAAACUCUAGAUCAGAAAAACCUACAAAGUUUUAUAUAGGUAAAGGAGUUACUCAAACUUUGAGUCAACAUUUUACUUUUCAAAAACAAAUUUUUUAACAAUAAUGGAGUCAAAAUAAAUUUCGACUUUAUUUCAAUGUAAAACUUGAAAAUUUAAGAUAACAAUAUGACUCUGUAAAAUCUCCAAGCAAUUCCACAAAAAAAGCUAUUGUGGCUUAAAUCAAAAAUUUGUAAAUUUGUCGGUCGGAUGUAAAUUCUGAUAAUUUCUAACAUUCUAACAAAAAUAAUGGUUAUGACUCCCAAGUCAUGGGUAUGACUAAACCAAGAAAAAGAAAGCAUCGGCUUGGACAAGUCGAAGUGAAAACCAUCAGUUAGUUUAGGUAAGUUAAUGCAGGUCGUCUAAAAUUAGAUUCACUUUGAAAAUAUUUGUCUAUUGCGAUGCCACAUUAGCGGCAAACAAAAGUCUCUGGAAGAAAUCAAGCCGACUACAACUGCAUUGGUAAUCGGAUCCCGUUAUCAACAUCAGUUGAAAACAACCAACGGUAAAAAAUUCUGUUGGAUUUGUACUAACGAAGUGCGAAUUGCACUUUUAAAAGGAUUCCUGAGAGAGUAAUUGAAGUCACUUGCUGUCAACACCCGGAACUAACCGAACAUUACUUUUAGAUAAUCGUAACGUAUUUAUGGCAGUCAUUUUCAGGAGCAAAAUAUUAUAAAUACCGCGAUACCGUAAGAGACCCCUUUGCGUAACAGCAGUGAAUAAAUAUAUGCUUGAUUAUAUAUAUGUUUAAUAUUCUUCACAUAAUUUAAUUGUGGUAUGUCAAAUAAUCACGCAUUACCAACAGUAAGUGGGGAUCCUUUCUUCAGACAAAAGGCAUAAAAAGUUCACAGACUUUAAAAAAAGAAUGAGUUUUCCAACUGGUGAAUUGAAACUAUGAAAAAUUUCCCAGUUUCAGUCGUUGUGCAUGCUACUUCACUUGGAAAUCACACACUAAAGCGUUAAGGAGAGAAAGAUGCAUAUAGAUGAAAAACCUUGAUUUUUCCUCAUAUUUGCAUGUAAAAAUACAAAUGCAAAUUUGCCCAUGAACUUUCGAUAAAGGAACGGGGCAAACUUCUCACAUAUCAAUAAGUGCUGUUCGAUUCAAGUUUAAAGUCCUAUUUAUUGCCGAGUCUGAAAUGCAUGAUCCAGUGCGAUACCACUUUGGAGAAAAGUCUACAUGGCUUCUUUGCAUGACAUAGUACCUCAUAAAUAUCGCCAGCGUUAGAAGGGGUAACCACCGCUGGAAAAGUUCUUCUGAUGUUCUAGCCAGGAUUCGAAUCCAGGCGUUCAGCGCCAUUGGUACACAUGUUUACCUCUGCGCUACGGUGGCCAACUCUUUUGCAUGUUUAUGAAGUAUAUUCUGUGAGUACAAAAAGAUUUAAUACAGUCCAUUUAUAGAAACCUCUGAAUAAUGUACACCAAAUAUAGAUAUUAUCAUUUCAAAGCCUAUGUGAGAUAUUAAAAACAUGUGUUUGAGCAUCGUGUCAGGCUCUCUGCUCGCAGCUUACUUAUGAAUUUCUAUAGUCGUAGUCGGUGCAAUAUUAUCCACAAAGGCGGGUGUGUAUAAGAAACCUACAAUACAGAAAGAUUAGCACGCCUUAUCGUAAGCAUAUCAGACAUUGCAACUGAAUAAACAAAUGCUAGCUGUCCUCAAUACUUCCGCUUGCAUUAAUUGUUAUGCAUCAAAAGAGACGUGUUCCAUAAUUUAUCUUGCCCCAGUAUAUAGAUAGGUCUGUGAGUGCAUAGUAGUACUUUUUGUACUACCAUGCACAACAAAGCUCUCUUUUAAGCCUGGGUUGCAUAAAAUUCAUUACGAAUGGUUUAUAAAAGAUAUUUGCAAAAUUCAGUGGUAAACUCGUUUCAAUAUUCUCUUAACAUAAACGACAAAGCAUAUUCUCCGUCAAUGCCUAUCUAUACACUAAAGGUUAGCCAUUUUUAAUUUCGAGAAAGAUUUAAAAAUCUUACAAAACCAAAUUGCAAUAAUAAUCAAUAAAUAUGUGUUCUUAAAAAGUAAAAAUGUGUUAUAAAUGUCAUAACAAAUCAUUAUAAUUUAUUUUAAUUUGAAACAAAAAACAAAACAUUAGGGAUCUGUUAUAAGUAGUAAAGUUUAGGGGGCGAAAGCCUUGCUCCAAAGAAGAAAACAAAACUUAAGAAUUUUGUAGAGGACAAAAAAAGAUUAAAAGAAAUGAUUUUUGUUACUAUAUACACAUACAUUUAAAGAAAGUAUAUAAAUAUAUAUAUAUAUAUAUAAAUGAUAUAAAUUUGUCAAAGGAAAGUAUUAAGGCAUAUCGACAUAAGAAAAACAAAAACUUUACUGUUAAAAUAUUUAUAUAUACAUAAAUAUAUAUACAUAUAUCAAAAACCAAAGUACUGAGAAACAAAUUAUUACCGAAAAAUUGAUAUUAAAACAAUGAACUUCAAUAAUAGUAAUAAUAGUUUACUAAACCUCAAAACACUCUCCCAACUUUUUCGAACUCUAAAUCUUUCUUCAAAAUAGACUUUAUCCACACACACACACACACACACAAUACUCUUUGACAAAUAUUCAUUAUCUCACUCGCUCCCGUAUACUACUUACUCUCACUCACAUUUUAAAUACCUUCUCUCUCUCUUUUUUUCUCACUCACAUAUACAAACACUCUGCAUACCGGCUGCAAUGCUUUCAUUUAUUUUUCCAACUUACAGCUAUAAAAAUAGUGCACAGAUGCUUUCCGAUGAUUUCUACUCAAAAAUAUCCUGUGUUUGUAGCUAAAAGAAACGAUAGCAAAAGUUAUCAAUAUAUCUACCAUACAUAAAAGAGAAAAAUUGACAUAAACAAACAUUAUUUAAUGGAAAUAUAUUUUUUUGUAUGGCUUUAGUGUUCAAAAAAAAAAUAUUUUUGUUGGUAUUUUAGUUAAAUAAUUAUAAACCAAAUAUAUAUACACAUAUAUUGAAUAUUUAUAUUUAGCGAAAUUAAUGAUAAUGAAGAACAACAUAACAAACUUAUUAUUAAUAUUUAAACAAGAAAGAUAUAAAAACCAAACAAAUACACUUCAUUCCGCAUUAAACACUUUCAAUGUGUUUUAGUAACAUUAUUUUAAACAAACAGAAAUACAAAACAAAAAAACAUUUAUAUAAAGAAGAAAAAUAAUAAGAGGACAAACAAAAAAAGAACACACAUAUAAUAAAAACAAAUUCAAAUGAUUACAAAUUAAUGCAUUAAACAGAAAACCAACAUAACAAACAUUGUAGGGAUCAUUUAAGAACAAAAUACAAUUAUUAUAUUAAUACCGUUAAUAUUAUAAACCAAACAAAAAACAGAAAAACUCCUCUAAAUCGAAAGAAAAACCCAAAGCAACACAACCACAACUUGAUACAAAGAAUUCAAAUUCAAACUAUUAUAAAAUUAUUACAAUGAAAAGCAAA